UAUAAAAGAAGAAGAAGAAGAGGAGGAGGAGGAGGAGAGGGUGGUAAAAAAGAGAGGCAGCUGAAGUUUUUCUUUUCUUUUAUUCAAUUGUUUUUUCAAGAAAAAAAAAAAGGAAGGAAUUAACCAUGAUUUCCAGGGAGGACAAGAGAGCAGCACUGCAUGAGAAGCUUCAACUUCUUCGUUCCAUUACUAAUUCUCAUGCUCUAAACAAAACCUCAAUCAUAGUUGAUGCAACUAAGUACAUUGAAGAGCUAAAACAGAAGGUAGAGAGACUGAAUCAAGAUAUGGAAGCUGCACAAACUUCGAGCCACAGAAAUCCAUUGCCUAUGGUUACAGUAGAAACCCUAGAGAAGGGUUUUCUAAUAAACGUAUUUGUAGAUAGGAGUUGCCCUGGCUUGCUUGUCUCCAUAUUGGAAGCAUUUGAAGAACUGGGUCUUAAUGUUCAAGAAGCUAGGGUUUCUUGCACUGAUAGUUUUCGAUUACAAGCUGUUGGAGGAGAGAACGAAGAACAAGGUGAAUGCAUUGAUGCUCAUGUGGUGAAACAAGCAGUGUUGCAAGCUGUUAAGAACUGGAAUGAAAGUACUGAACAAGAGUAAUAAUAUGUCGUAAAAUCAAAGUCUUGUUUUAUAAAUUGACUAAUAUCCUUUAUUGUAAUUUUAAUUUGCAUGAUCACUUCUUUAAUCUCUUGUUGAAGCUAGCUAAUAGCUAGUUAAUUAUGUUGGGAACGUUGUUAAUCAAAGGAUUAAAUGUUCCGAAUUUAA